CCAGUUCAACAAUUAUUAACUAAUGUAAAAAGAGUGCUAAUGGUGAAUGACUCAUUUUCUCAAGCUUCAUUGAAGUCCAUGGCAAUCAUGCAAGAAGGAUUUGUUUGUACUGAGCUUCCUGUUUUGCAGUCAUAUGCUUUAGAUCUCCUAUCUGCAAUCAUAAAAGGAACAUCCAGGCAACUAUUGCCACAUGCUGGAUAUAUCAUCAGGCUCCUUAAAGAUUGCUUUCACAAAUGUGCACUCCCUAUGCUAAGAACAAAACUUUACUUCAUCAUAAGGACUUUGCUUAUAUCUAUGGGUAUUGGUGCAGCCUUACAAAUAGCAGAAGAACUCACCAGCUAUGCAUUUAUUGAUUUGGAUGCCUACUGGUACCUAAAUAGACAACAAGUAUCCAAUCAAGACUUCAAAUCUACCAUAGUUGAAGCACCAGUAUUGCAGCCUGCUGACAAGAAAAGGAAAUAUACUGCAACUGGUUCCUUGCAGGAGAAUGAAGACAUGGACUAUUUGGGACCGCAACUGUCAAAUAAACACUUAACUUCUCCUAUAUCAUUGAAGAUUGCUGCAUUAAAGGCAUUACAGACUCUCCUCACCAUGGGUAGUGUUUUAAGACCGGAUUUACGAUCGAGUAUCAAUGACCUGCUGAUGAAUGUUGCAGUCAAUGCUUAUGAUGGGAAAUGGAGAAAUGAUGAGGAGAAUGAAGUAAUGUCAACCUAUACAGAUUUCUUGCUUGCAGCACUGCAUGCUGUUUUGGCAUCUCUACUUUCCCAACCUUCUGUUAACCAACAUCAUCUGGUUAAGGGGCUCGAACUUUUCCGUAAAGGUAAACAAGAAGCAGGAACCAAGAUUGCUGAUUUUUGUGGUAUUGCACUUUUAGCCACAGAAAUGCUCAUGAAUCCCAUUAAAGUUUCAAUUUGUGACAUUCCAUCCACUAGCCAUGGCAGUGUCAAUGAAGAAGCUCAGCAUGAAAUGUUACAGGAUUUAUACUUGGUUCCGAAUGAAAACCAGAUGACUCCCAAGUCAUUUGCAUCAGGGAUGACCAACCAAAAUCAAGACGAUACUCUAUUUAAUUAUCUGCUUGAUAGUUACAAUGAAAGUGAAGCUACUGAAGAACAACAUUCUAAGAUAGAUAGCCACAAAACUGUUGGUGAUUAUCAGGUUGAUCAUAUGCUUAAAUUCCCAGGAAAAGAAGAUCAGCAACAAGAACCAUUCCUUGUCGAGAUCGAAGGAAACUCAAAUGAAAUCAUGCAUGACAAGCCAUUCCGGGGUCCAUUGUCAGUAGCAGAAGCCAAGCCUUUUGUAGGUAUUGAAAAGGGUCCUGAGAUGGAAUUUAGCAAUGUUGGUUUAGAUACCAUUGGUUGUGAUUUCUUGGAGAUAGCUGCAACAGCAGUGUUGGAAAAAGCUGAAAGGUCUUGUUCUGGUCAGUUGAGGGAUCACUAAUCCUGGAAAAAUGAUCAUAAUAUCAGAUGUAUUUGAGCUAAACAUAUUUAGUUGUAGCUGAGCAACUAAAACACGUACAGUUAAACAACUUUGAAAGAUGUUGACAUGUUUUUCAUUAAUAGGAAAAACUUUGUACUCCAUUAUCUAUAAAAUUUG